GUUUUCUCUCCAAGAAACAACAAUGGCUGUCCAAACGGAUUUCAUUUUCAGGUCCAAGCUUCCCGAUAUCUACAUCCCCAAACACCUUCCCCUCCAUGCAUACUGUUUCGAGAAUUUGUCCCAAUUCGCCUCACGCCCCUGCCUCAUCAAUGCCCCCACCGGUGCCGUCUACACCUACGAGGAGGUCGAGCUCACCGCCCGCAGAGUCGCGUGGGGGCUGAGCCAAUUGGGCGUCCAACAGGGCGAUGUGAUAAUGAUCCUGCUCCCCAAUUCCCCGGAAUUCGUGUUGGCCUUUCUCGGCGCUUCUUAUCGCGGGGCCAUGACCACCGCUGCCAACCCCUUCUUCACUCCAGCGGAGAUCGCCAAGCAAGUAAAGGGGUCGAAAGCGAAGGUGGUGAUAACCCAGGCCUCUUACUACGAGAAAGUGAAGGGGUUGGAGGGGGUGAAGCUGGUGUUCGUGGAUUCUCCGCCAGAGGGGCACAUGCAUUUCUCGCAGCUGUGUGAGGAUAGCGGGGACAUUGGGGAGGUUAAGAUAAGAGCGGAUGACGUGGUGGCAUUGCCGUAUUCGUCGGGAACAACGGGUCUGCCAAAGGGGGUGAUGUUAACGCACAAGGGAUUGGUAACGAGCAUUGCACAGCAGGUGGAUGGGGAGAAUCCCAACCUCUAUUAUCACUCAGAGGACAUAAUCCUCUGCGUGCUUCCUCUGUUUCACAUAUACUCCCUCAACUCUGUUUUGCUAUGCGGCUUAAGAGCCAAGGCUGCCAUUCUCCUAAUGCCAAAGUUCGAAAUCAAUGCGUUGCUGUCUCUGGUUCACAAACACAGAGUGAGUGUUGCACCCGUUGUCCCCCCCAUUGUUUUGGCCGUUGCCAAGUCUCCCGAUCUUCAAAAGUACGAUCUCUCUUCCAUAAGGGUCUUCAAGUCUGGGGGUGCUCCUCUCGGUAAGGAACUCUUAGACACUGUCAGUGCCAAAUUCCCCCACGCCAAACUUGGUCAGGGAUACGGAAUGACGGAGGCAGGGCCUGUGCUAACGAUGUCCUUAGCAUUUGCCAAGGAACCGAUGGAUGUAAAGGCAGGUGCAUGCGGAACCGUUGUAAGAAAUGCAGAGAUGAAGAUCGUUGACCCUGAAACUGCCAUUUCCUUACCUCGCAACCAGUCCGGUGAAAUCUGCAUAAGAGGCGACCAGAUUAUGAAGGGUUAUCUAAAUGAUCCAGAAGCUACUGAGAGAACCAUAGACAAAGAGGGUUGGUUACACACUGGUGACAUCGGUUAUAUCGACGAUGACGACGAGUUAUUCAUCGUUGAUAGGCUGAAGGAAUUGAUCAAAUACAAAGGAUUUCAAGUGGCGCCAGCUGAAUUAGAAGCCCUUCUUCUAUCUCAUCCUAAGAUCUCUGAUGCUGCUGUCGUUCCAAUGAAGGAUGAAGCAGCAGGAGAGGUACCUGUUGCAUUUGUUGUAAGAUCAAAUGGUCAUACCGAUACAACCGAGGACGAAAUUAAGCAGUUUAUAUCCAAACAGGUCUCAGGUUGUGUUUUACAAAAGAAUAAACCGAGUAUUCUUCAUUGAUGCAAUCCCCAAGUCACCCUCAGGCAAAAUCUUGCGUAAGGAUCUUAGAGCAAAGCUUCCAAAUUGAAAACCCAACAUCAUCAUAUAUUUUAUUCUAUUUU